AUGAAAUACAACGAAGAGACGUCCUUGGCGGAUCACUUGAAUGAGAUUCAAGGGAUUGUUGAUCAGUUGUCCGGCAUGGGCAUAAAGAUGGAAGAUGAGGUGAUCGCUCUCCUGGUUCUGGCUUCCCUUCCAGAAUCGUGGGAGACGUUGAAGAUAUCGCUCACCAACUCUGCUAAAGACAGAAUUGUCAGCAUGGAGGCUGUCAAAAGUGGAGUCCUGAAUGAAGAGAUGCGAAGAAGAUCACAAGGUGCAUCAUCUUCACAACCAGACGUUCUGGCAGUGGCUUCCUGGAGCAGAGGAAGAAGUGAGUCAAGUCGAGGGAAGGCCAACAAGUUUGCAAAUGUUUAUUGCCAUCACUGCAGGGAGAAGGGCCACAUCAGAAAAUUUUGUCCAAAACUCAGAAAAGAGAGAAGGAAGGACAAAAUAGAUGAUAGCAGUGAUGAUGAUUGUGCAAACUCUGUUGAGGAGUUCAAUGUUGUCUGUGAGGAAGAGAUGGUCAACCUGAGAGCCCAGGAGACAAGCUGGGUGGUUGAUAGUGGUGCUACCAUCCACGUGACGUCCAAGAGAGAAUUUUUCUCAUCUUACACACCAGGUGACUUUGGUGUGGUAAGAAGGGGAAAUGGUAAUCUUUCCAAAGUUAUCGGAAAAGGAGAAGUCUGCUUGGAGACGAUGAAUGGUACGAAGCUACUGCUGAAGGAUGUCAGGCAUGUUCCAGAAAUGCGCCUGAAUCUCAUCUCUGUAGACAAGUUGGAUGAGGAAGGUUACUGCAACACCUUCCACAAUGGCCAGUGGAAACUCACCAGAGGCUCCUUGGUGUUGGCCAAGGGCAAGAAGCUGUCAAAGCUGUAUGUGACAGAGGCCAAGAUCUCCCCGGAGGUUGUUAACUUGGCGGAGAAAGGUGACACAAUCAAAUUGUGGCACAAGCAACUCGGUCACUGGAGUGAGAAGUCCAUGGUGAAGUUGGCCCAGACAAAGCUUAUCAGUAGCAGAGAUGCUUUGUUCAUUGAGGAUGAGACCAUCAAGAAUGUUGUUGAAAUUCCUUGUAGUGAUACUAGCCUAUCAAGCCUUGGGCUAGUGACUCUAACACCGGUACCUAGAGAAGUUGGAGGGAAGUACAACAUGAUCAGCUGGAGAUUGUUGAACCAGAUGCUCUCGUGGAGGUUCAACUGA